CGGCACGGCUUCAGCAAUCCACAGGUGGACAACUGAAAAAAUGGAGGAAUAUAUGUGGAAAAACAUAUUUGAAAAUGAGAUACUGGAUCAAGGAAUUAACAAUGUGUGGAGCUUUUGUGUGGAUGAAAACCUCCGGCCACAGAUGGGCUAUCUGCAGUACAAACAGUACACCUAUGGAAGAUUUCAGUGCUCAAGCUGUGAGAGAUGGUGGAACUCGGCACAGGUACAUAUCAUGUUUUUGAUAAGGUUGGAGCCAACAUCUAGACGUGGCACUGUGAAAAUGAAGAUCUACAGGCAAACAUGUAGACGAUGUAACACCUCUAUUUUUCAAAAGCCUGAAAUCAGCAGAGAGAACAUUAAGCGGGUUAUCAGCAAUCUGGUAAGCAAAAUCCAAAGCAUGGUCUAUGGACGGAGAAAUACAAACCCACCGUUAAUGCCUGAGAAUUACAGUGCUGAUGUGGAUGGACCUCAUGAAAAGAAGCAUUGCGAGGCUUGUCAGAUGCAGGUGUGUUCAUGGAAUACAGAGCAUGGAUUAAAAACAAAGGUCGAUAAUCCCCAGCUAUUGGCAAGUUCAAGAAUUCAACAACAAACUAAAAAGAUUUCCUUUUACACUAAUGUACCUCACCGUCCAACUGCGGCAGUUCACCAGUCACCAGAUAACGAAAGUGCAACAACGAUUCUUUUAAUAGUUGCUUUACUAAUUGUUGUUUGGUCGGUAAUUCAAGGUUUCUCAAAACAAUAGAGGUGUCCUCUACCCUAUAGCUUGUGGGGAAUUUAAUAAGCUCUGUACACCAGUCAACUGGACUGUGCAAAAAAUUGUGACUUAUAAAUGUUCAUGCCACCAGUUCAUAGCUGGUGUAGAUUUGCUUUUAGGUGCACAGACAGGCAAAGAUAUGACAAAUUUUCCUAUGACACCUGAACCCCUUAAUAGGAAGUGCCACCAACUUAAAGUUAAUUGUACAACCACAUAGCGGUGGAAAUUAUGACAUUGUAAUAAAGCAAUAUACAUAGAUUGGUAGAAAAAAAAAUGUAUUUUUUUUUUAAAUAGGAAUAUUUUAUCUAUAGCAUAACGCACACAGCAAAACACAGAGUAUGGGACUUGUAAGGAGUCUCUAUGGUGUCUGUAUAGUAACAUAGUACAUAACAUAGUACAUAAGUUGUAGUAUAAUAGAGUUGUAUAGUUUUUCUGUAGUGUGCCAUAUUCUUUCUUAGGCCUCUUUCACACGACAGUAUGUCCAUUUCAGUGUUUUGCGGUCCGUUUUUCACGGAUCCGUUGUUCCGUUUUUUGCUUCCGUUGUGGUUCCG